UGAUCAACGCGUCGUUUGGGAGCCUGAAACCUUGGUACAGCUUCAAUGUAACCUCUGCCAGAGCGCUCUCAACUUUUUAUCAACCACAAUUGCACUCCACUCCACGUGAAAGUGAUACAGACUAUCGCAAUGUCACUCUCAUCAUGCUUCGGGUCGCGCAAACGCGACGAUGACCAGCGUCCCUUGUUGCCUCAGUAUCGCGAUGAUACAACGCUCCAGCGCGAGGUGCAUCAGAAGCUCCACUCGUACCAGAUGCUUAGGGCGCUUUCCAUGGGAUUCAUGCCGUCGAAUGAACAAGUCAUCAUCAACCUCCGCAGCUUGUUGUCUGCAGACGUUCUAAACCCAGAGAACCCAGAUUUAAGCGAUUCAGGACGUCUGCUUGUCAAGUUUACGAAACAAUGGCUCCAUCAGUUCAUCGACACGAUGAACCACAAGAACAACGAGGACCAGAUCCAGGACUUCCUCUGGUACCUUUCCAAGUCCAGGAUCUCUGUUGACGUGGAGGAUAUCGCCAGGCGCACGACAAGAUCGAAGGCGAAGGCCGAUGCCACUGCAGCCUACCAGAGCCUCCAAACCGUCGGAUCUCUCCUUCUUACCAACUCAGACUUCCGCAUCUUUCUGUCUGAUCUCCAGACUGUCGGACGCGAAGUCUUCAGAGACACUGCAUUCACACUGUCGAACGUAUCCAAGAGGGCUGCAAAGAAGAUCGAGCCCUCGCAGGCAGAGUACAAGGCACUCAAAGAGCCAGGCGCUGAUGAGGGCCCUGCACCCUCGGCUGAGGAUCUGGGUAACGAUGUCGCGGAAGUAGCCAAGGUGGUUGGGAAUGGUGUGGCCAAGGUUGCUAAGAGGGCAGACGUAAGUCUAGGACAAAAGCUGCAAGGCGAUGAGGGCGAAUCUCUCAUGUACCGCCUGAAGAAGACGGUCACAAACUUGAGGCAAAAGAGGGACUACAACGACUCCGUCUCGGUGCUGGCACAGCUACUGAAGCGCUACGCUUUGGUGUACUCUCGCACGGUCGAAGAUGCCAUGGGCACGCUUGAAACCGACAUCGAUACGAAUCCAGCGAUGGACAAGGCCGUCAAGAACUUCUGGACUUUCAUCAGCUCUUUUGGAGAUGAGCAGGAAUGGAAGAAGCUCGAAGACGCCUUCCACAAGGUCUUGGAUCACUCCCGCAAGGAUCCAGAAUUCGAAGAUCUGCUGACCGACGUUGGUAACUCCCUCCAGAAGCUACUCACCGACCCCGACUUCUUCGAUCAUGUCGACGAGAAGUUCCAGGAACUCCGAAAGAAGGCCCAGGGUGUUGGAAGCGAGUCUUCACUACGCCAGGAUGUUGAUGUGUUCUUUGAGCAGGCCCAGCGAACGUUCAUGGCCGUGACGCAGGAUGAGGACAUUGCGAAGAUGAUCAAGACGAGCACGAGGAUCUGGAACAUUCUGUCGCCUAUGCACAACUAUACCAACAGCGAGCUGGUGCAGGACGCCAUCAACGUCUUCGUUCCUCUUGGAAUUCAGGCCAUCCAGUACAUUCCCAUCCCCCGUCUGGAAGUCUCUACGCCCGAGAUUGACAUGCUCCUUGAGAACCUGAUUAUUGAACCUGGAAAGACCGUCAACCACACCUCCUUCCUGCCUUUCCGCUUCAAGGUAGAAACAUACAACGACUUCGAACUCCGCAAGGCCCGCUUCCGUGUAGCGUCAAAAGCUACUUCCAAGUUCACCAUCAAGAUCGACGGUCUCUCGUUCCGUGCAGAUGAAGUCGGCUUCCUUCUUCGCGCGCACUCCGGUCUCCUCCGUCUUGCCGACGAGGGUAUCGCAUCUUUCCAGCUCGACGAGCGCGGUAUCGAUAUCCAUCUCGACGUCGAGGUUGGCAAGGAGAAGCUGGAACAGAUUCUCACCCUCAAGGCUGUGCGCGUUCACAUCCACAAGCUCACCUACAAGCUUCGCAAGUCCAAGUUCAGUAUUCUCGGCUGGCUGUUCAAGCCGCUCCUACGCCCCAUCGUCCGCAAGGUCAUGGAGAGGCAGAUGGCCAAGGGUAUCGCCGAUGGUAUCCAUGCUGCCAACCGCGAGCUCAUCUUUGCUCGCGAGAGGCUUCGGGCUACGAGGAUCUCCGAUCCAGACGACCUCAAAACCUUUGUCAAGGCUGUCAUCACUCGUCUUACACCCGCCGACGAUCCAGACGUUUACACGAGGGUUGGUGUCGAGGCGCCGGGCAAGGGUGUCUUCGCCGGCAAGUAUGCACCCGGUAGUGUUGUCAAGCUGUGGGAAGAGGAGGGUCGUCGUGCAGCGGAACGCAUUGAUGACUGGGAUGAGGGUGGCUGGAGGAACGACGUUUUUGACCUACACGCCAUGACAAUGUCUUAGGCGUUUCAUUGCUUCUCUCACGAUCGGCUCAAUUUGCAAGGUGUGCUUUCCUUUUCGGCAUGGUGUCAUGGGUUUAUGAUCAUCUCAGGGCAAAAAUGUU